GUGUUUUUACAUUAUAUGAUAUGAAUCUUGGACUUAUUAUCUUAACAUUAUCCUUAAUUCAAUACAAUAAUUCUUCAAAAUUCAAGCAAUUUCAAUACUUAAAUUAUUUAAAUGAAGUUGUAGAUCAUAUGUGUACUCAAAAUGGAUGGAAGUCUAUGGAAAACUUAUACUUAAACAUUGAUCCGAUGGGAAAUAUAAAUGUUCCAGAUUUAAUAGGACGACAAUUGGACAGAAGUAAUUUGCUUAUUACUUUCUAUAAUAUUGUUCAUAUUUUAAACUACAAUUAUAACGAAGUACUUCUAAUAUUCGUUAAAUUGUUAAACGUUAUUGUUGAUAAAUGUAAACACUUUUUGGACACCGAAUUAUUAGACAAUUUUUUUAAUUGUACUAAAGUACUCGAAAAAUCAGUAAAAGAUUCAUUGAAAAUGUUUGAGAAUUUAUAUAAUGCUAUUACAUUCAUAAGAUAUAUAGACUUAAACUUGAAAAAUCUAAAAGUUGAUGAGUUACAAAGUUAUCUGUAUACCACAGAUGACGACAUUUAUCAGAUAAAAAACCACAAUUUUUUUAAAAAUGUACAAGACGAGAAAUAUUAUGAUUAUCAUCAAAUAUUUCUUGAUGUUAGAAAUUUCAUUGAUAAUGUAUUUAAAAUUGCAAAUAAUUUUUUUGAGAAAUAUAAAUUUAUUCAAAAUAUUUAUGAGAAUGAUGAUUGCAAAAUGAUAUGUGAAAUAGAAUAUUCAUCACAAACGAUAGAUUCACAGGAAUUUAUUUCAUUCAUGUAUCAAAAGGUCAAUUCGUUUUACACUGAAACCCUAAAGAAAAAUUACGAGGAUCUUGGAUUUAUUCAAUUGAUAAAUCCAACAAUUGAUAAAAUUACACCUCCUAUAGACCAAACUAUUAAUCAAGAAGUUGGUAUCACGUCACUCAAUACUCUACUUAGAGAAGGUUGUUGGAGUUCAUUUAAGCACAUAGAAAUAGAAUAUAACGAUUUGAAAAUAAGUGCUGAACGUGUUUUCAGAGACCCCGUUACAGAUCAUAAUUUUCAUCUAAAAAAAAAUUACUUCGCACUAAUGGUGAGAUGCAGAUUUUUGGAAGUGCUUCUAUUUUACAAUUCAACAUUAUCUGUCUUAAAAGAAAUGUGUGAAAUUAAAAAAUUUAAUCUAAACCAAAUUAGCUAUGUGAAUUGUGUAACAUGUCUUUUUAGCGUUAUUAAUGAUACAGUGAAAAUGUUUUAUUUCAUGCUGACAAUUUUAGAAAAAUUGGAACUAUCAGCAAUUUGGCCAACCAUUUCAUCAUAUUCUAAUUUAAUAUCAACUCAUAGUUUGAUAUAUAAAUACGUAAUUGAUCUUAAAGCUAAUAAUGUAGUACGAGAUAUAUUUGUAAACAAAUCUGGAGUACUUAUUGAUACAUUAGCUGAUGAUUACGUUAAAAGUUUUCAAAAAGCAAGACAUGACUUUAGAAAAGUGCUACAGGAUUUUAAAACUCCAAAAAAAAAUCACUGUUAUUCAAAAGGCCUAAUUGCGACUAAGGAUUAUCUGAAAGAUAUAUUUCGUAAUAAUUCAUCUAGUGUAAAGGAAACAUUAUCAUGUGAUACUUAUGUCUCCAACUAUGAACAAGUUUCAAAAUAUUUAAAUUACUUUUGUGAUUAUUUUAUUAAAACUGAUUACAUAGAUAUGGGUUUUUAUAAAAUACAUCAAAAUUAUUUUUGGAAAUGGGAAUAAUCAAAUGUUGUUAAUCAAAGUGAAAUGUAGUAUUUUAAGUAAUCAAAAUACAUGUUUUAUGUUUAAUUUCUCGUGUAUAAAGUAGGACCUCUUCUAUUAAAUUAUCUAAAUAUAAUAUUAAGUUAUUUCUUCAGAAAACUCAAAAUUAAUAAAUUGAUUUACUUUUAAC